AUGUCACUGGUGAACGGGAAUGCGGUGGUGGGGAUGCCUGUGGCUUUGGUUUCCUCCUCCUUGGGUCGCCAAUAUUAUUUAAUGAAUCACUCGGGGUGGUUUAAAACAAGAGCAGACGGGACCCCCCCCCUUUGGCCGAACCCCCCAGAGAAAGUGGGCGACUGGACGCACUCCGCACGGCGCUCUCAGACCUCAGAAUGGCAGGCUGCGAAUGGCUUCACGCGACUUUUACGGCUACGGCUUCACACCAGCGAUGUCAUUUUAUCUGCACCGGAGCUCUCUGUUCAGGAUCAGAAUCUCAAGUACAAAAUCAGAUGGACGCUGGCUGGCCUGAUGAUUUCCACAGACUGA